CGAGCUCUGAGGUCUGUGAUUGGAGGAGAAAGACCGAGUCCAAAAACUAUCGGCCAGGAAACGUCUCGGGUUUCAGGGGGGAGUGACAUUUCUUCAGGGGGUUGGAAGCAGAGAGAAAAAAAUCAGUGUAAACCUGACAAAGCGUCUGAGAACAGCCAGUAUCCUCUGAGACUGCGUUCAUGUCACUGGAUGUGUAUUUUGGGAUGGAUGUUUUAUUCGCUGAUUGUUGCACUGUCACAUCUCCUGUAGCUGAAGGCUGCUGCGCGUUUGCACGAGCCGUUUAGUGAAGCAACAACUUGGUUUACAGACGAAAAAAAAAGUUUCUGGGACGCGUCAUUUUUUUUCCUGGAAGGAUUUACACAAACACGCACGGAUACUAUCGGUGGCUCGCUAUUGGCAUGCGAUCCUAUCGUUGGUGCCCCGUUGGAUUUGGGAAUAGGGAAUAGUUUGGUCACAUUCCUGUCUGGAUUCGGCCCAUGAGCUCCCUGUUCAUAUGCGGAUCCUGAACUCCACUAUCAGCUCCUUCUCUCCCAGGUGAUCGGUGGGAAUUCCAGUGAGUGUCCGACCAUACAGCCUGCAGUUCAUGGUUUGGUGGAGCCCCUCAGAUGGGAUCCGUGUCCAGGGGGAGGCCGAGGAGGGGGGGAUGGGGAGACACACCCACUGCUGAAGGGAUGUCCACCCGAGGGUGGCUUCUGGGUGCGCUCCUACUUUUGACCCUGGCAGCGGUGUCUGUGGCAAGGCCAUCAUCAAAGAUUGCUGAAAAGGUGGAGAAAAUAAGUGAACGUGAAGAGCCUCCAACCAAAAACCAAAACUCUAAGCCUACUCUGUGCUCGGUGCACCCGGGUGAACUGCUCAAGCUCAGCUGCCCGCUGCCCGAGGCGGCCGCCAUCGUCUGGACCAAAGACGGCUCCUCGCUGGGCCCUGACAACCGCACACUCAUAGAUCAGGAGUGGUUACAGAUCCGCGACGCCACCCCUAAGGACUCGGGCCUGUACGCGUGCAGUGCCGUGGGCUCGCUGGCCGGCGACAUGCUUUGCUUCAUCGUAAACGUUACAGAUGCCAUCUCAUCCGGUGACGAUGAGGACGACACGGAGCGAUCGGACGAUGUCGGGGUGGACGGUGAACAAAUACUGGCACCAUAUUGGACCUCGCCGGAUAAGAUGGAGAAGAAGCUGCAUGCCGUCCCUGCGGCCAACACUGUGAAGUUUCGGUGCGCGGCAGCGGGAAAUCCCAAGCCUGGAAUGCGCUGGCUGAAAAACGGAAAACCCUUCAAACAGGAGGAUCGCAUGGGUGGUUACAAGCUCCGGCUCCAGCACUGGACUCUAAUCAUGGAGAGCGUGGUUCCCUCUGAUAAAGGAAACUACACCUGCGUGGUGGAGAACGCCUACGGAUCCAUCAAUCACACCUAUACACUGGAUGUAGUAGAGCGCUCUCCUCACCGGCCCAUUCUUCAGGCAGGUCUGCCGGCCAACGUCACUGUGCAAGUCGGAGAGGACGCUAAGUUCGUCUGUAAAGUUUACAGUGAUGCUCAACCUCACAUCCAGUGGCUGCAGCACAUUGUGAAGAACGGCAGCCGUUACGGUCCUGACGGGCUCCCUUACGUCAGGGUGUUGAAGCGCUCGGGCAUUAACAGCUCGGACGUGGAAGUGCUCGUGCUCACCAACGUCACGGAAGAGGACUCUGGUGAAUAUACGUGCCGAGUGUCCAAUUAUAUCGGUCAGGUCAGCCAGUCCGGUUGGCUUACUGUCCUUCCAGCAGAGCCGGACAUCCCCAGGAAGGAGUACCCUCCGGACUAUGUGGAGAUCGCCAUCUACUGCAUAGGUGUCUUUCUCAUCGCCUGUAUGGUGGUGAUCGUGGUGGUUUGUCGAAUGAGGACGUCGGCUAAGAAGCCUGAUUUCGGCGGUCAGCCGGCAGUGCAUAAGCUGACCAAACAGAUCCCUCUGCGCCGCCAGGUAACAGUGUCGUCUGACUCCAGCUCCUCCAUGAGCUCUAGCACGCCAUUGGUCAGGAUCACCACUCGCCGUAGCUCCGCCCACGACGACCCCAUUCCAGAAUACGACCUCCCUGAGGACCCGCGCUGGGAGUUCUCCCGAGACAAGUUAACUCUGGGUAAACCUCUUGGCGAGGGCUGCUUUGGGCAGGUUGUGAUGGCUGAAGCGCUAGGCAUCGACAAGGACAAACCUAAAGAGGCCGUGACUGUGGCUGUCAAGAUGCUGAAAGAUGAUGCAACGGAAAAAGAUCUUUCUGACCUGGUGUCGGAGAUGGAGAUGAUGAAGAUGAUUGGCCGGCACAAGAACAUCAUCAAUCUGUUGGGAGCGUGCACACAGGAUGGUCCGUUGUAUGUCAUAGUAGAGUAUGCAUCUAAGGGAAACCUUCGGGAAUAUUUGAGGGCCCGGCGGCCCCCAGGAAUGGAGUACUCGUAUGAUAUAGCCCGAGUAUCAGAUGAGCCUCUCACCUUCAAAGAUCUGGUGUCCUGCACUUAUCAAGUAGCUCGUGGCAUGGAGUAUUUAGCCUCACAGAAGUGUAUACACAGGGAUCUGGCUGCCAGGAAUGUGUUGGUCACGGAAAGCAACUUUAUGAAGAUUGCAGACUUCGGCCUGGCCAGAGAUGUCCACAACAUAGAUUAUUAUAAAAAGACCACAAAUGGUCGUCUGCCGGUGAAAUGGAUGGCUCCAGAGGCACUGUUCGACCGAGUCUAUACGCACCAGAGCGAUGUCUGGUCGUUUGGGGUUUUAAUGUGGGAGAUCUUCACGCUCGGCGGUUCUCCGUAUCCAGGAAUACCUGUCGAGGAGCUCUUUAAGCUACUAAAAGAGGGUCAUCGCAUGGACAGACCUGCUAACUGCACCAACGAAUUGUGAGUGUCAAUGUUUUCUCA